GGGAACAACACAGGAAUACUCGUUGAUAGGCCUAUACUGGACCAUCUUUAUUUCGUGCCGUCGUAGCAUGUCCUUCGAGUGCACUGCUCAACUUCCGUGGCAGAUACUGCUCGCUGUACUUGUGACAUAUUGGAUCGUUUUCGCCGUUCAGUGUUUUUAUGCAUACAGGGUGUGGAUCAGUGAGUGCUCUAGGAUCCACGAGAGUAGGGUUUCAAUGAGCUCCUCUAGUCACAGCACAAAAUUGCUUGAUAACAGGCAUUAUUUGUGCACUCGCCAUUGCAUCAUUCGGUUAGCUCUUUCGAUCUCAGCUGCGUAACCUCUGACUUUUGAG